GUGAAACAGAAGCUAACCGUGCAACCGUCUCAGCCUUUGUGAGUGUUGAAACUUCGAUGUUCACCAGGUACAUACAGCAACAUGAAACGUGCUCGGAAAAUUCGAAAAACUGGAACAACAACUGAGUCCUGGGUUGACAAACUUCAGGCACUCCUUCAGCAGCCUGAAGACUUGGCACUUGAAAGCCUACUAAGUCAUGAAUUCCACUUCAGUGAUUUCCUUGAGUCGAGCGGACACGAUCAUGAUGCCACUCGGGUGGCUGUUCGUCUCCUGGCGAACGUCUGUACAUCACCUACGGUUGCUCCACAAGCACUGGAACUUGCAAGCGCAGUAGCAUUCUCUGAUAGUUUCAUGAUCAUGGGAUUAACCACUCUGAUGGCACACCACACAUGCAACAUACAAGAGACCCCCAGUUCAGGUGUGGUGGAUGUCCUCCGUAAUCUGGUGCAGCUUUUGCAACAUUUGCACUCCUGUCUUCCAGCAACAACGUCGGAUAGACUGGUCAUUCUAGUGCCGUCAAUUAUGAAGUUAUGGACUACACUUCAGGAAGUGUCAGAUCCUCCAGAAGAUGUCGGAGUUGGACUUUCAAAACUAGAAGAAGCAAAGAACUCGUUUCUUGCGGAAUCUCGCACACGAAUGAUGGUGGCACAAGAGCAAGCGCACGUCUCACAGCCUCCAGGCGAUUUCAGAGACACCCCGGUUGUACCGACGGCAUCUGAGCUGCUGUCCGUCGGGAAACCGUUCUUGAGACCCAACUUGGUGCGUGGUGCUUACAGAGACCUGCACCACUACCUGGACGUCCAGUACAGGCUCCUUAGAGAGGAUUUCGUGAGACCAUUGCGUGAGGGCUUGCAAAAGUUCCUUCAGACGGGAAUGCGGUGCACGCGUAUCGAAAACAUCAACGUGUACAAGGAUGCACAAGUGGGUGAGGCGCGGGUUACAGCUGCAGCGAUCAUCCAUCCUGUCUACUUUGAUCCUGCUCGCUUUCGAAAUGUGGCUUGGGAGAGAACAAAACGCUUCAUGAACGGUACUCUGCUCAUUCUGUCCAACGACGGCUUCGAGACUGUUCAUUUUGCAACCGUCGUUCACAGGAAUCCAGAGUAUUUGAAAAAGGGAACACUCACUGUAGUGUUUGAUGAACUUUUUGUUGAGACCGUUGCUUGGGAAGCUUACACCAUGUUAGAGACACAAGCCUACUUUGAAGCCUACAAGCAUAACCUGGAAGCGCUGAAGACCAUAUCUUCUCUGCCUUUCUACGAUUACAUCGUGAAGGCUUCUUCCACCACAAGUGCCCCAGCGUAUUUAAAGGAUGAAACAAAGUUUGACCUAAGUCCCCUCUGCACAUGUAGUCACCCUGAAAACAUCAUUAAUGUUCUGAAUGAAGACAAAUGGCUGACACUCAAAGAUUUAGAGCUUGAUUCAUCGCAGCUUGAUGCCGUGAAAUCCUCGUUGCUGAAAGAAUUUUCCGUGAUUCAAGGUCCACCAGGAACAGGCAAGACCUACGUAGGGUUCAAGAUUGUGGAAGUUCUCCUACACAACAUUUCAGUCUGGAGCGGGGAAGGGCUUCCCAUUCUUGUUGUGUGUUACACGAACCAUGCUCUCGAUCAGUUUCUCGAACACGUCCUUAAAACUACAAAAAAUAUAGCUCGGGUUGGGGGCCGCAGCAGCAGCAAACUUCUGGAAGAAUACACCCUAACCAGCAUAAGACGCAAGUUAUUUAGGGGCCAGGACCUUAGAGAAACCUGCCUGCAAACACAGACUCGUCUUAACUUCCUGUCACAAGGGAUGUCAAACAUAUAUGCAGUCCGCCGCACGAUUCAAGAUCUGGAAGCGUACAUGUCUGCAGACGUCCUGAGAAGCUUUGAGCAGUGUUGCGAUCCAGCUUCCUACAACUUUAGUGACUGGCUGGAACUCGCAGCGUUGCGAGAAGAGUUCUGCAAAGACCUUGCGGACCGAAUUAACGAACCAAAGGAGGUAGUCGAGGAGGAUAAUUUUGACAUGCAAGACAUUUCUAAGCAUUGCCGGGAGGAUGAUGAGCGUUUGUAUUCUGCAGACGUCGAUUGUGCACUGGCCGGGGUAGAAGAUAAACACCCAGAUGCCCUAGAACAAGCAUGGUGCCAGUAUGGCUACAAGUUAGUCUCAAACCCCGACGCUGUCAAGGAUGAUCACUGUGUCACGAAUGUCUGGUGCUUGUCUUUCCCAGAACGUUGGCGACUCUACAGAUACUGGGCAUCAAAGGCUAUUGAAGACAUUCAAAUGGAGGUCACUAUGCGCAAAGCAAUUCUGAAAGAGAAGAACAAAACUGCAUCUCGGGACUCUGUUACGAAAGACCUUGCUUGCUUGAAGGGUGCGUAUGUAGUGGGCAUGACUACAACAGGUGCUGCAAAGCAUCGAGAGUUAGUUAGGCAGCUUCAGCCAACUGUUGUGAUAGUCGAAGAAGCCGCAGAAGUACUGGAAGCUCACAUAGCCACCAGCUUGGCACCUGCGACAAAGCACCUGAUUCUCAUUGGUGACCAUAAACAGUUGAGGCCAUCAAAUUCAGUCUACGAGCUCUCUGUUAGGUACAAGAUGGAAGUGUCUCUUUUUGAAAGAAUGAUUGAUAAUGGAACAAUAUGCCAUCAGCUACAGGUUCAACACAGAAUGAGACCGAACUUUGUGAAGUUACUCGUUCCAAACUUUUACGAUAACCUCGACAGCUCGGCGCAUGUGAAGUCCUUCGAAGACAUUCGUGGUAUUGAUGGAAACAUGUUUUUUAUCAACCACACCAUCAACGAAGACAGUGCACUAGACACAAAGAGCCACUCCAACCGCCACGAAGCGGAAAUGGUCUUAGGAUUAGCGGACUACCUUCUCAAUCAGGGUUAUGACCCAACAGAAAUCACCAUUCUGACCACUUACAAAGGGCAGAUGUUCCUCAUGCGCGACCUCGCAGCAACCAAGAAGUGCAAGACUGUUUACAUUACAUGCGUGGACAAUUUUCAGGGGGAAGAGAACGACAUCAUCCUUUUGUCUUUCGUCCGAUCGAACCCGGAGAAGGAAGUUGGCUUCAUUAAGAUUCCCAAUCGCAUUUGCGUUUCACUGUCGAGAGCACGAAAGGGUGUGUACUGCACGGGGAACUUCGACAUCAUUGGGGAGUUGAGCCAAGUUUGGAAAAACAUCGUGAAGGAACUGAAGUGCCAAAAUGCCAUCGGAAAUGAGCUGAAGCUACGGUGCCCAAACCAUCCCGAUACUGCCACACUCGUUCGAAGUGCGAAAGACUUUUUAAAUGUCCCCGAGGGUGGUUGCGACAGACCCUGCAAAACACGGCUUGAGUGUGGCCAUUCUUGUGGGCUGCCUUGCCAUGGCUACGACACAGAGCACGAAGAAGUUGACUGUAAAAAGAAAUGCCAGAGAAAAUGUAGAAAUGGUCACACUUGCAAACGUGCCUGUUUCGAAGAAUGCGGGCCGUGUGAUGUGCUCGUGUGCACCCAGAUUGAGAAAUGUGGUCACACUUGCGUGAUUCCUUGCCACGAAACUACGCCCCCAAGAUGCCCUCUUCCGUGUGAUCGGCUGCAACCAUGUGGCCAUCGUUGCAAUAGUACGUGUGGAAACCAUUGCACUGAAUGGUGUUAUGUGCCUGUCCGAAAGACCUGUGAAUAUGGGCAUGACCAAGAAGUGCCUUGUGCGGACACAGUAAAUUACGGGUGUGAGGCAAACUGCACGAAAGUGCUAGCUUGCGGUCAUAACUGCCAUAAGAAGUGUGGUGACACAUGCAGUGAUCGGUGCGCAGAAUUAAUGGAAAUGGAACGUGACUGUGGACAUAAAUUGUAUGGGGCAUGCUACAAGACACAACUUCCUCAAUUUCUCAUGGCACCUUGUAAACUACCCUGCACCAAAAAGCUUCCCUGUGGACACACGUGUUCUCUCCGGUGCCACGAAAGUUGUGGCGGCAAACGUUGUGAAAUUCAAGUAAGAGCAACGUUACCAUGUGGCCACCAAAGAGCGGUUUCUUGUCACGUGCACACGAAGAUCACUUCUCUCAAGGAUAAGCCAGACGAGAUGAUGGCGUACGUUCAAGAAAUGGGAGAGAGGCUUACUUGCAGAAAGAGUGUUCCAACAAGCUGCACAUCUGGACACAGGCUUGUGGCUCGAUGUCACGCGCUGCGUGAUGGCAAGGUGCCGCGAUAUGACUGCUACAACCGUUGCGACGCAAAACUCUCCUGCGGCCACAAUUGUGCCGCAAACUGCCGGACAUGCUUCGACGUGGGCAACAACGAGCACGUCCCAUGUACAGAGAUUUGCAAAAAGCGCCUGGACUGUGGACACCGAUGCAUGAAGAAGUGCUGCGAGCCUCACAGCUGCGACGUUCCGUGCAGUCGGAGACUUCCAUGUGGACACAUGUGCAAAGGAACCUGCUCACAGCCGUGUACAAUCUGUGAAAGACCGUGCAAGACUGUUUGUGGGCAUGGAAGGUGCAGGAAGCCCUGUGGACAUCCGUGCCCUCCGUGUCCUAUGCCUUGUCUCUGGAAUUGUGGCCAUGCUAACUGCAGUGCCUUGUGCUCUGAGCCUUGCACUAGAACUUCGGAGGACAUACCUUGUCCAAAGAAACUUCCGUGCGGGCACCGUUGCCUAGGCUUCUGCGGUGAACCCUGUCCUAGUCUGUGCAGAGUGUGCAACAGGGCCCAAUACUGGCAUCUCACCAAGGAAAGGGAAGCCCGGUUUGUCAUGCUCAUGGACUGUGGCCAUUCUGUGCCAGAGAGAAUGCUUGCUGAGGCCUUUACCCAGACGAAGAAAAAGCACAGUGCUAGGUGCCCACUAUGCGGAUGCCGAAUUACGUUCAAUUUCAGGUAUCAAGCAGCUGUCCGAGAGUACAUGGAAGACCUUCAGAAACGCAAGAAACAGGUUUAUGACUCUGCAAGGGAAUUGCACAAAACCUUGGACUCCACAUUGCAAGAAGAUCCAUCUCCAAGCAGGGACGCGAGCAGCACUGCAGAUGACGACGAUGCUCAAGCAACCACCCAGCAGCAUGACCGUACUCAAGCCACGGUGGCACAAAGUUCCGUAUGGAACAGUGAUAGUGAACAAAAGUACUAUUCGGGGGAAGCAAUUUACACUUCUCGCCCAGGUUCUAAAAUUAGGAGUAGUCAUCGGAAUGCUGGAAUGAGUUUCGAGCACAGAACUCAUUCAGCCAGGUACCACUUUGAAAGAAGGCCUAGGAACCUGCAAGAGAGAUUUUCACGAAGGGACUUCAGGUGGAACCCUUACGAGAGGUGGCCACCUCGCUACUAGUGUUCCUUCUGAGGGACCACCAUUCUUUUCUUUGAAGGCUGCUACAAGGGAGCAUGACAGGACGGCUCAAAGUGGAUGGAAACAGCAAUGCGGAAGAAAAUGAAGGAAAACAACUGGGAGCUGACUUUGGAAAAAGUUUGCUGUCCUCGUGUGAUAAAAAAAGAAAGGGGAACCUCCAGGGGAGCAUUUAUGCAAACAUAUAGCCCAUUCGCUAACUUCAUUACUUUACUAAGGUAUAUCUAUACUAGUUGUGUUUUUACCUUUUUGAGCUUUGUGUUUAGUGAGAUUGUAUUACACAUUUUUGAGAAGUGAUGCAUCUGGUGAGAUCUCAAGUUGUGUUACAGAUAUUCAAUCCUUUGGUUAGCGCAUUUUUUCUUUGUAACAUUAAAAUGAUGUUUGGGGCAUAACAUAAAGUUGUAGGACUUGGAUACUAGUAAAUACUAGUACAUUCCUAUAUCAUGUCCCGUAGAAGAAUAUACGGUAGUACCGUACUCUAUGUAGUCCAUCAUCCAGUGCUCUUACU